CGGAGCCUCCGGGGUCGUGAGCGGCGCCUCCGGGGUCGUGAGCGGCGCGCACGGCUUGAGCAGCUGCGGGACAUGGCUUUCUGGGCCGGGUCCAUGUUGGGCCCCGCCGGUAGGUCGGCGGCGUUGCUGGGUGGCAGGCUUCGUCCCCACUGGCUCCAGCCCCGGGUGUGGCUGGGGCUUCCUGACCCGCUGCAGGUCCGCGGCAAGGCCUGCGGUAACGAGUACCAGCCGAGCAACAUCAAGCGCAAGCGCAAGCAUGGCUGGAUCCGGCGCCUGAGCACCCCGGGCGGCGUGCUGGUCGUGCUGCGCCGCAUGCUCAAGGGGCGGGUGUCGCUGAGCCACUGAGCACCGGGAGCCUCGGGCCUCCGCAGCGUGCAAGCGCGGAAGACACAGACAGGAGCGCACCUGAUUGUGAGGCUGGCCUGGGGUUGGGAGGACUGGAAGUGGGGGCGUGGCAGCCACACUUGCCCCGGGUCCCCUUGGCGCGUUUGCACUGUGGAGACUUCCGUACCCACCCAGUCGUCCACGGAAGGGAACCGCGCCGCUCACCCCAGAUCCCCGGCACGCAGCGUGACCGCCAGCCACCCACAGCCUUCCGCCUCCCCCAAGUUACUUGGAAGCUGAUCUCAGGCAUCGGAUUAUUUUCUGUGAAUAUUUCAGACUGCGUCUCCAAGAUAAGGACUCUUGAAAGCAUAGUCACGAAUUUAUCGUGUCUCCCCUAAAUGAUCAUUAGUUUCUAAACAUCAUUAAAUGUCUACUACAUGCCCAAAUCUC